AUGGUGCACGUGGCGGCUACGGCUACGGCGGUCCGUACCCUCCUCCUCCACGCGGCCGUGGCGGCUACGGCUACCCAAGCUAUGGCUAUGAGCGUGGCGGCUACGGCGGCUACGGCGGCGCCUAUGGUGGCCGCGGCCGUGAUUACGGCUACGGGGGCCGUGACUAUGGCUACGGGCGCGAGGCGUAUGGCUACCGCGGCUAUGACGACUACCGUGGCCCUGGCGACGAGCCAUUUGAUGGGCGCGAACGCUACCACGGGCGGCGCGAAGAGCGCAACUACGAGAGCCGGGCGGGCGAGCGCGGCGACCGUGGCGACCGCCCUGAACGCGACCGCCCUGAAAGAGGCGACCGCCAUGAGCGCGACGAGGGCGACGACUACGCACGCGGACGGUAUUCUCGGUCCGCGUCGCCCAAACGUGAACGGUCGCGGUCCCGGUCGCCUAGCCGCUAAGCUGGAUGUAUUUUGCAGCCACCAAAAGUUUGCAGCCACUGUCAAAAUUACCAUAUUGCAUGGGGUGAAUGGAGUCCGAUCGAGCACUUGA